UAUACGUUCAGAAUCUCUAUAUCUAGUAUCUACAACCGUCGAAUUCCGACUCCUCAGCCCUGCUCCUCCUCUUAUCGCCGCCACUUUUUCUCUCUCUAGAUUUUUCUCACCAUGUCGGACGAGGAGCAUCACUUCGAGUCGAAGGCCGAUGCCGGCGCCUCCAAAACUUACCCUCAGCAGGCUGGUACCAUCCGUAAGAAUGGUUAUAUUGUUAUCAAAGGCCGUCCUUGUAAGGUUGUGGAAGUUUCAACUUCCAAGACCGGAAAGCACGGUCAUGCUAAAUGUCACUUUGUUGGAAUUGACAUCUUCACUGCAAAGAAGCUCGAAGAUAUUGUCCCCUCUUCCCACAACUGUGAUGUACCUCAUGUUAAUCGCACUGACUACCAGCUUAUCGACAUCUCUGAGGAUGGAUUUGUGAGCUUGCUGACUGAGAAUGGCAACACGAAGGAUGACUUGAAGCUUCCAACUGAUGAAAAUCUUCUCUCCCAGAUCAAGGCUGGAUUUGAAGAGGGGAAGGACCUUGUUGUGAGUGUUAUGUCUGCCAUGGGGGAGGAGCAGAUCUGUGCUCUCAAGGAUAUUGGUCCCAAAUAACUCUAUAUCACAUGGAUUGCCCGAUGGUUUGAAAUUCCAGAUGCAAUAAACUUCAAAUUAUUAGAUUAGUAAAGGGUGGGAAUACUAUGGGGCCAUCUUAUUCAGGAUCAUCCAUGUUCUUGACCAUAUUGAGAUAAUAUUUUCUCAUUGUCAAGAUCAUUUUAGUUAGAAUCAUGUCUUCCUUUUUUUUUUUUUUGAGGAAACAGGAUUGAAUCUUGUUUUGUUUAUUGUGGUGUGGUUAAGUUUGGAAUUGCCAGCAUUUGUAUAAAAUUGUUGUAUAAUUUAACAUCAUGCUGUUUGGUCUAUUUAAGUAGUCUGGAAUUGGCAGCAAAUUUA